UAGCACAUGAUUUUUUAUAUAUACUGAUGAGGAUUAUUUUCAGCUUCUCAAACACUCCUAUACCGCUUAUAAUGUGCUCCAGCAGAGCGCGAACUGAUAACUGCAGUCAAAAAAUAGUAAUUAUUUGUGAAGAGGUGAUUUCAAUUGCUGCCUAGUAAUGUCCCUUAGUUAUUUGCCACCAGCGUAAGUCACCUACACUUGUUUGGACGUCUCCUUCCUACUCAUUCGAACCCCAAUCAGCGAUUCGUAAUUACAGUAUUUAUUUGGAUGUCAUACACAUUUCUUGAUUAACAUUUACUAAUUACAGAAAAAUUAUCUAAAUUUUUCGUACUCUUCGUAGUGGACUAGAAAAUUAAAUGAUAGAUUCAAAAUUAUCAUCUUCCAUUUCGGAAACUACCAAGGAAUUUACACGCACUUACAGACUACGUAAAUAGGUUUUUGUUGUAGAUUGUUCAACGUUUCGAUUUCCAAGUUCCGUAUCACAUUUUGGAAAAUUUGUAUUUUGUUCGAUUUCCACCACGAGGUCAGGACAUCCUGGGAUUGAAAAAUGAAAUAUACCACUGCAUUUCUGUUUAAAUCUCCUAAAAACAAAUAAAAUAUCUGAUUAUCUCGAUCAAUUAUUCUGUGAUAAUUCAGAAAAAUUCAGGGAACAUCUGAAAAUUCACAUUACUUUUACUUUAAAUAUUCGUGUUCCACUAGGAAUUCUGGGAAAGUGACAAUUUUUCGUAUGACUUCUGUUCAAAAUUCAUGGAUUUUCUCAGAUUGUUCCUGGAUUGUUUCAAAUUCAAUUCAUUCCCAUAAGAAUUAUUGUCAUAAUUCGCAAGAAAUUUUCAUUCACUUCAAACCUGUAUUAACUUUUUCUCACAUCUCAAAGCGAUGUUCCACUAAACCCCCGGCCAAUAUAUGAUGCACUUGUCUCUCUGGAUAUCUCUCUCCACCUCGUUCGCAGGGAAACAUUUCACAUGGAAAUGAAAAUAGCAGAGUUGCAUAGGGGAACAAAAAUCGAACAAUUGAAACUGUCCGCUCGCAAUUAUGUGCAAUUGGACUUGUUAAAGAAUUCUACAUUCACCACAGCAAUCAGCUCCAGUCACUCCAUCAAUAAUAGAUGAAUCACCCUUACGCUACCCGGAGAAGGGAUGAAGAACACCGUUCACGUUUUAUUUCGCAAACCGACACUGAAAAUUCCUGUGGCAUAUCGACAUCUGGCGAAAAUAGGAUAAUGUCUCUAGAAUAUUUAAUGACUUGAGUUGGCGACAUUCUGCCGAGGGUGAGGAGUACACCACUUCGUAGAGUUAAGGGGUGAACAUCAUGGUAUUACUUCGAGAGAAUUUCAUUCAACUCCAGUACUUUGGUCUUUGGAAGCCGCUUUGGUGGCCAUCCAAUAAAUUUAAAUCACGAGCUUACGGGCUCUACACCAUUCAGAUAUUAAUUAUGAUGUAUUGCUUCACCAUAUCUGAAACACUGAGUCUCUUCGACUCCAUUGAUAAUAUCGAGGAUUUCUCCAGCAUUUGUUUUAUGUUACUCACGAUGAUUGCUACUUGUGUGAAAGCCAUGGUGAUUCUACUGAGAAGAUCCGAAAUUAUCGACAUUCUCAAGACCCUCGAAGUCUAUCCCCACAAGCCAAUGACUGUCGAGGAGGACAGGAUCCAGGAAAAAGUCAAUCGACGUAUCAGAUUCUUUACCCUUUUUUAUGGUGGAGUCAUAGAAUGUUCGAUCUGGACUAUGAGCAUCUCUGCCUUUUUCCAAGGGAUACCCUUCGGUGUGUUACCAUGCAAAGGAUGGAUCCCUUAUGACUAUGCAAAACCUGAGUUGUACUGGUUCACAUUUUGCCUACAACUGUUCAUCACAAUUAUUUCGGCGAAUACUUGCAUUGGAAGUGAUACAGUUAUGCCUGGAUUUUACACCUUAAUAUGUGCGCAGUUUAACAUUCUGAAGUGUCGAUUGCAGAAGGCAGUUGAUGAAUCGGAGUCUGAAGUGAGCACAAAAUCAUCAGAAAUUUGUGAGAAGAAAAUAAUCCAUUGUAUCCAGUAUCAUCGCGCCAUUUUUGAAAUAUCUGAGCGAAUAAAUUCCGUCUCCAGCGGCAUAAUCUUCGUUCAGUACUCAGCGAGUUCAUUCAUCAUUUGUCUGAGUAUCUUCAUGGUAUCACAAAUGCCGCCUUUCUCCACCCAAUGGCUGUAUUUUACAGUAUAUCUCAUGAGUAUGAUGCUGCAAAUUUUCUUAUUCUGCGCUUCGGCACAUGAAGCAACUACGGAAUGUCAAAGCAUAAUACUGAGUAUUUACAGUACGAAAUGGUACCAUUUGGGUAGGCGCGCACGAAGCUAUUUGAACCUCAUGAUGGUGCGCACGUUACGACCGGUGAUUUUCAAAAGUGGCUCUAUCAUUGUUCUUUCUAUAAACUCCUUCAGCAAUGUACGAUCUCAAGGGGAGAACAUGGAAGCGCUUCAGGACAGUUUCACUCUACUUCAGUACUGUGGCAUGUGGCCUCCACUUCAUUGGUCCUCCAAUAGUGUUAAAUCCAAGAUUUACCACCUCUACACCAUUUGCAUACUGGCUAUGAUCAAUUGGUUCAUCGUGACUGAAGUGUUUAGCUUGUCAGAGAUUGGAAGUGUUGAGGAUAUCGCUGAUAAUUGUUUUAUGCUUAUGUCUAUGAUAGCCGCGAGUGGGAAAACAGCUAUUAUUUUAAUCAAGCGAGAGGAAGUCAUUGACAUACUCAAUGCACUCGAUAACUAUCCACACACAUCUGUUCACGUGGAUGAACAGAAAAUUCAAAAGAAAUUUAAUCGGCGAAUAAGAUUGAUUUUUCUGUUCUAUGCCGGACAAUUUGAAAUCGGAGUAUGGUUCAUGAGCACCCUCGUAUACAUGCAAAAAUUGCCCUUUGGAGUUUUACCGUACAAAGCAUGGAUACCCUGGGAUUAUUCAGCCCCCAAAAUGUAUUGGUUCCUCUAUUGGUUACAAAUGACCACUGUUAUUGUUGGAGCGAACGUUGUCAGUGCUUGUGACACUCUCAUUUCCGGAUUUAUGGUACUGAUCUGUGGCCAGUUCAAUAUUCUGAGAUGUCGAUUGGAAAGAACAAUUGCGGAAUUUAAGAUAGAAUUCAGCUCAAAGCCUGACAGCCUUCAAAGGAGAGCAGAAAACAUCUUCGAAAGGCGGAUUGUUGCUUGCACCAAGUACCACUACGCUAUCCUUGAAAUGGCACAGAAAAUAAAUUCCAUAUUCACCAUCAUAAUUUUUAUCCAAUACACGGCAAGUUCAAUAAUUCUGUGUGUCAGUGUCUUGAUAAUGUCACAGAUGCCAGUGACGUCUGCAAAAUUUAUGUCUCUUUUUACAUACGUCUGGUGCAUGGUACUGGAAAUUUUCAUGCUAUGUGCAUCGGCAAACGCAGCAACUGUCGAAUGCGAGUCUAUGAUCCAGAAUAUAUACUACACCGUGUGGUACCGAGUUCCUGAAAAGGUGAAGAAAUGUUUGCUUCUCAUGAUGGUCCGAACACUGAGACCGAUCCUGUUCACGAGUGGAUACAUAAUAGUUCUCUCCUUGCAAUCUUUUACUAAACUCCUGAAACUCUCCUACUCUAUUUACACAGUGCUUCAACAAUCCAUGAAGUGAUAUUACGCAUUAAGAACUCUAGUCUUAAACCAACAUCACCGUAGGUGCAGUUCAGUUCCAUUGGAACGAGAUGAUAUUGAUUUUCU